AUGAUUGUUGAUUCCACAAGAAAAGGGAAGAGGUUUCCUGACAGUAUGUCCAAGACAAUACCAAUUUGGACCUGUGUGUUAAAUCGUGCGAUUUCUAAUCAUAGGGCCAGAAUGGAUGGAAACGGCACUCUAAAGAAUGAAUCAAAUAGUUCGGAUGAGCUAACUAGUAAUAUUGAGCAAGAGUCUUCUGAGUGGGAUUGUUCCUUGCAUCUUCCUCUCUGGGUUUCAGAAACUGAGAAAGCAAUGAUUGAUGCCCGUUUGGAAGGAUGGACCAAGGAAUUUGAAGCCAGUGGAGCAGACAUUGCCUCAAUUUCAUCAUCCCUGAGAAAACCUCUACGACCAUUAUGGAUAUCACAGAAAACUGUCAUCUGGUUGAAUGAAGUACCUGAAUAUGAUUCGUGGGAUUUCACACCUGUGAUGCUUAUUUCUGCGUCAUCGUUGAGUAGCAUGUUUCAGAAACUAACUACCUCUGAGUUUAGCUGGAAUUAUAUUCCUGGAGCUGGUGACGACGAGGAAAGUUGGGCAAGGGGUUUAUCACCUAAUCUUUUCUGGAAAAAUGCCUAUGAUCUUAUAAGCUUAGGUCCUGAGUUGUGUAACCAAAAGGUAGCUAAUAUUGUUGAAAAGGAUCGAGUUUAUCGGGCACAAAGGGGAGAAAAUGCUCCUCAGGUGUCCAUCAGACCUUCAAAAUGUUUGGGUAGAACAAACCCGUUUGACGUGGAUAUUCCUAGUUUGGCUGGGGAUGAAAAAUCAAGUGACAACUACGCAAUAUCUUGGUUGGGCUCAACUAACAUCGCAGUUGGAAGAACUCCACUCGCCGUGGACAUGUUUCCUGCUGAUAGCAUAAUAAACUGUCACAAGGAGUCAGUCUCUCUCUCUAUGGAUUCAGAAUCGUAUCUAUACCUGCCAAUCGUGGACUCCAAAUUUGAUAGGUUUUCUUUGUUGAGAAAUCUUCCCUCUGCCUUGGAUUUUGCCAAAACGAACUUAAGACAAGGGAAGACACUUCUAAUUUGCUGCGACAAUGGAGAAGAUAUAAGCAUAUGUGUGUGUUUGGCAAUCUUUACUUCAUUAUAUACUGACGCAGGACACUUUGAUGAUGGGAACUCCUUUAACGAGACACGUAUAACCAAGUUAGAGUUGCGUAGAAGAUUGGUAUUUAUAUGUAAAUUUGCCGUUAAUGCUCGCCCGUCAAGAGAUGCUUAUGAUAUGAGCUUUGGUUGCUUUGACGCCUUCCUGUUCUGA